GAUCUUCUUGGGCUGGUGUAUUGGGGAAACGUGAGGGUCUUAGUUUCCCUGCAGACGUGUAUCUAGAGGGUACAGAUCAGCAUCGUGGAUGGUUCCAGAGUUCUUUGUUAACAAGCAUCGCAACACAAGGAAAAGCUCCAUAUUCUGCUGUUAUAACACAUGGAUUUGUAUUGGAUGAGAAGGGUAUGAAAAUGAGCAAGUCUCUAGGUAAUGUAGUGGACCCACGUUUGGUCAUUGAAGGAGGGAAAAAUUCAAAGGACGCACCUGCUUAUGGAGCUGAUGUUAUGCGUCUUUGGGUUUCUAGUGUAGAUUACACAGGGGAUGUACUGAUAGGUCCUCAGAUUCUUCGGCAAAUGUCUGAUAUAUAUAGGAAGUUGAGGGGAACGUUAAGAUAUCUCUUGGGCAAUCUUCAUGAUUGGAGAGUUGAUAAUGAUGUUCCAUACGAGGAUUUACCUAUCAUUGAUCAGCAUGCUCUCUUUCAGCUUGAGAAUGUUGUAAAGAACAUACACGAAUGUUACGAGAACUACCAGUUCUUUAAAAUAUUCCAGAUCAUACAACGAUUCACAAUUGUUGAUCUGUCAAAUUUCUACUUCGAUAUUGCUAAAGAUAGACUGUAUACUGGGGGCACUUCAAGUUUUACCCGAAGAAGCUGUCAAACAGUUCUUUCAACACAUCUUUUAUCCAUAUUGAGAGUGAUUGCUCCGAUAGUACCUCACCUAGCAGAAGAUGUCUGGCAGAAUCUUCCAUUUGAGUACAGAAAUGAAGAUGGCUCUGCAGCAAAAUUCGUCUUCGAACUUAAAUGGCCUACAGUGAACGAACAAUGGCUCUCAUUUCCUGCUGAAGAUGUUCUCUUCUGGCAAAGGCUUCUCGGGUUGAGGACCGAGGUGAACAAAGUGCUGGAGCUCGCACGUAAUGAUAAAAUGAUUGGUUCCAGUUUAGAAGCAAAGGUGUAUCUGUACACUGCAGAUGCAGGAAUGGCUACAAAAUUACUAGAGAUGAGUGAAGCAAAGAACGAGGCUGACACUCUGCAACGCAUAUUCAUAACAUCACAAGUUGAAGUAUUGCCUUCAAUGGAGAAGGAGAUGGUAAGCAGUGUGCAACACACAGGAGAGUAUGUAGAGGGAGAUAAGAAAGUGUGGAUUGGUGUGUCACGAGCUGAGGGGUCCAAGUGUGAGAGGUGCUGGAAUUACUCGGGCCAGGUCGGGUCAUUUUCCAACCAUCCUACUCUCUGUGGACGCUGCUUCAAUGUCAUUGUUGCUAAUCCGCCUGAGCCAGCAGUUGCAGCCUUGAUCAGCUCAGCCUGAAAUUUGCUCGCUCUAUACUGUAACAGUCCUUUGUCCAUUGCACAGUUUUCACAUUCUCUGAUUCAUUUUUGUUUCAGUAAACUCUAUAAACCUAAAUUUUGAUAUGUUCCCUUCCACCAAGAGCUUUUAAAAAUCAAACCAGAAACGUUCAGGGUUCAAUUUUAAAAAUUUGCAGUGUAAGAAAUCCGCCCCCACGCUACUAUAUCUAUUCUGUUUUGUAUUGUCU